AUGAAUGCGGAUGACGUAGAUAGGGAAAUUGUUGAAAACGGUCUCGGAAUAUAUGAAAUGCCAGCAGAUGAGGUACAAGAAACUCCACAGGAAGAAGUUCAGAUACAACCAGACAUGGAAGAAAUAGUUCAGCAACAACAGCUAGAAGAGCCUGAAGGAAACGAACAAGUCCUUCCUUUGGAAACUAACUUCACAGAACUAGAUGAAGAUUUGGAACAGCCGAAAAAUCUUGACCCUCAACAAGAGUAUGCGGAGAAUAUGGAAUAUUUCCAAGAGUCUAAAAAAAAUUCGGCUGACAUAGUAGAAGAAUAUCGAAAAAUGUUUGCCGACAUACAAAAGACUCCAACAUCAGAUGAAAAUAUCCAGCAUAGAAUGGAAGAACUGAAAAAAAAUGUACACAAAUACAACAACCCUUUUUACUUACGAGCAUUUAACGUUCAAUCUUCGGAUGAACUCGGUGAAAAUAAAAGGUUAAAUUUCAAGAAAACAUAUAGAAAUGAAACAUUGUUUAAAGUUCAUUCAGAACCUAACCAAGAUGGAAACAAACCUACUUUUGUUUCUGCAGACGAUGGAACUACAAUGAGAUGGGGUCAUAAAGCUAACCCAGAUAGGUGGUUCAUAAACUUACAACCACAAUUCCAAGAAGUUGUAGACGCAAUGGAAGUCAAUGGUGAACCAGAUAUAGCUGGUAUUUUCAGCGCGGCUUUAAUGCCAUUGAAAGAUAUGAAACAUGCAGAUAUUUUGGACCAGUAUGAAAUGAACAUGGCUGAUGGAAAUAUAACACCUGACGUUCUAAAACAUUUAUCUCAAAGAACUACACAGAACCAUAGAGAUGGUAUAUUUGGUGAAGAGUUUAGAAAGAAAGUUAGGGAGGGCGAAGGAAGAGAACCUAUUGUACAUGACCUUGCAAACGAAAGUUUACAAAAUGUCAUAAAAACUUACUUUGCAGACAAUGAAAUGAGAAGGGAUGAAUAUUUAAGAAAACUCAAAUGGACA